CCGACUCUGUGGUGCGGCCUCCAGCCUCCCCGCCCACCUUCGCCCGUCAGUCGGAGGAAGACAUGGCGGUGUCUGCGGGAGUCGUUCUGAGGGGUCUCCUGCCCAGGCGUGAGUUGGGGGCUCCCCACUUCCUUGGAGGGGGUGGUUUUCCUUCUCACCUGCCUUAUUUCUCUCCUCUUUUUGCUCUCCUUGUGGAGGGAAGGCGUGUCUUUUCCCUAUUAUUUUUAUUUUAUUUAUAUUUAUUUUAUAUUUUAUUUUAUAUUAUUUUUAUAUCAUUUCUUUUUUAUUUUAUUUUUUUUAAUUUUAUUGCAGGGGCUCAAGGCAGCGAGCCUGCGGGUUAAAAACAAGAACCGCCUUAAAACAGGGGGGUUUGGUGUGUGCGUGUGUAUGUUUGGAAAACAAUAUUUUUUGGGGGGGUUUAAGCACUAAUAGGAUUCAAAAACUACCUUUAGGGGAGCUUUUAAUGUUUAACAGACCACUGUAUUUUAAUACUUUGUUGGAAGCCGCCCAGAGUGGUUGGGGAGACCCAGCCAGAUGGGCGGGAUAUAAAUAAAUUAUUAUUUUUAUUAUUAUUAUUACCUGCGUAUAUAUAAUCUGUUCAAGAAUAUAAGGAUAUAUACCAAUAAGAAAUGACCGUGGCUGCUUCCAUGGAUUCAGACGGAAAAGAGAAAUGGAGCGGAUGGUGUCGUUGGCACAACGGGUGGCACCGAACCCCAAAACUCUGUUGUUGUUUUUCUUUCUUUAUUUAUUCAUUCGUUUAUUUACUUACUUAUUAUCCACCACCUUUCCCCCCUGUCAGAGACUCUCUUGCCUUUCCUGUCGCCCUUCCCCUCUCCGAAGUAGGGCAAAGGUGACUCGACAGUAAAUAAGGUCUCCUGUUUUUAAAUGGCUUCCUGAACCCAGGAAGGAUUGUGAGGCAACUUUGCUAGGGGGUUUCUCUCUUUUUUGGGUGGGUGCAUUGGGGGCUUAAAAAAAAGAAAGAAAAAUGAGUGUUAUUUGAGUCACUCCUUUCCAGGCACUUUGAACCCUAAGCUGCUUUAUCACAUUGUAUUUCUAUCCAGCCUUUUCCUUCAAGUAGCUCAAGGUGGCGCCUACAUUGUUUUCUCUCUCCUUCUUGCUCAAUCCCCUUCAUUUUAUUUGACCCCCUUUUGAGUCCGCAGAGGGGUUUCCCCAUUUGUUGUUGUUUAGUCGUUUAGUCGUGUCCGCCUCUUCGUGACCCCCUGGACCAGAGCACGCCAGGCACUUCUGUCUUCCACUGCCUCCCGCAGUUUGGUCAAACACAUGUUAGUAGCUUCGAGAACGCUAUCCAGCCAUCUCGUCCUCUGCCGUCCCCUUCUCCUUGUGCCCUCCAUCUUUCCCAGCAUCAGGGUCUUUUCCAGGGAGUCUUCUCUUCUCAUGAGGUGGCCAAAGUAUUAGGAGUCUCAGCUUCAGGAUCUGUCCUUCCAGUGAGCACUCAGGGCUAAUUUCCUUGAGGUUUGAUCUUCUUGCAGUCCAUGGGACUGUCAGGAGUCUCCUCCAGCACCAGAAUUCAAAAGCAUCAAUUCUUUGGUGAUCAGCCUUCUUUAUGGUCCAUCUCUCACUUCCACACAUCACUACUGGGGAAACCAUAGCUUUAACUAUAUGGACCUUUGUUGGCAAGGUGAUAUCUCUACUUUUUAAGAUGCUGUCUGGGUUUAUCAUUGCUUUUCUCCCAAGAAGCAGGUGUCUUUUAAUUUCGUGACUGCUGUCACCAUCUGCAGUGAUCAUGGAGCCCAAGAAAGUAAAAUCUCUCACUGCCUCCAUUUCUUCCCCUUUUAUUUGCCAGGAGGUGAUGGGCCCAGUGGCCAUGAUCUUCGUUUUUUUGAUGUUGAGCUUCAGACCAUAUUUUGCGCUCUCCUCUUUCACCCUCAUUAAAAGGUUCUUUAAUUCCUCCUCACUUUCUGCCAUCAAGGUUGUGUCAUCUGCAUUUCUGAGGUUGUUGAUAUUUCUUGGUUUCCCCAUUAACAGUGCAUUUUUGCCCCCAGACCUGCUGACCCGUCCUGCUCCCUGCCUCAGUUUAAGGACGAUGUCGUCGCAACCGCCGGAGAAGCCCAAGGCCUUGGACACCUAUGAAACCCUGAAGCUAGAGCGGGUGAAAGAGAAGGUUUUGCACGUGGAGCUCAACCGGCCAGAGAAAAGGAAUGCCAUGAAUGCUGCUUUCUGGAGGUAACAGGGAACUAAUGGAAAAGAUCGCAGGAGGGGGCAUCUGUUUUCAGUAUGCAACAAUCUGAGCGUUUUGAAGAUGGUAGAUAAGACGCCAGCUACCGGACUUUUAAGAGGCUUGGUAAGGGCAGAAGACCCAGCACCAUUGCAGCUUCUCAUUGGCCCAGUACCUGCAGCCUAACACAGCAAGGCACAUUCAUUCAGCCAUUGGAUAAGAAACUAAGGCAUGUGACCUUGGAUCAUUUUCAUCAGCAAGUGUUUUGUUUUGUUUGUUUGUUUCCCCCCUAUCCCCAUCCCCAACACAUCUUUAGAGCAAUCUAAGCAAUCUAAGAGGGACGCGGGUGGCGCUGUGGGUUAAACCACAGAGCCUAGGGCUUGCCAAUCAGAAGGUCGGUGGUUCGAAUCCCCGCGGCGGGGUGAGCUCCCAUUGCUCUGUCCCAGCUCCUGCCAACCUAGCAGUUCGAAAGCACGUCAAAGUGCAAGUAGAUAAAUAGGUACCGCUCCAGCGGGAAGGUAAACGGCGUUCCCGUGCGCUGCUCUGGUUCAUCAGAAGCGGCUUAGUCAUGCUGGCCACAUGACCCGGAAGCUGUACGCCGGCUCCCUCGGCCAAUAAAGCGAGAUGAGGGCCGCAACCCCAGAGUCGGCCACAACUGGACCUAAUGGUCAGGGGUCCCUUUACCUUUACCUUUAAGCAACGAGAACUUGGAUUUGUCAGCAGCAAAAAUCUUUUCAGUUUUACAACCGGGCUGAAUUCAUGCCAGUUUUUAAAGACUGGGUGUGUAGGCUUGUGAGCAUGGAAACAAAUUGUCUGGACAAUGGGGGCUGGUGGGGAGGGGCUCAGAAUUUCUUUUAUGGAUAAGAUGAAAUGUCCCACCUCCUCAGCUCUCUUGUCUCCAGGAAAGGAAGUGCCCAAGUGAUAAGUAUUCUGAAAAUUUUUAUUUUGGAAAUUUUAUUUACAACAUAACAUAAACCCCGCCCCCCAGUACAGAAAUACAGUAAACAUAACAUACAACAAUACAAACAACCAAAUAAAAGACUUCCUUUAUCCUGUAUCUGGCCUCCUUAUUUUCUUAUUGUAAGAAAAAUAUUAAUAAUUAUUCAUAAAGGAAACAGUGAUAGGUAUGUUGAUAACCCCCCCUCCCCGGAAGCUGGUCCUUUGCACAACAUCAGAAGAUACACUGGAGAUAGAGGAGGAAAAAGCCACAGAAUAAACUCAGUGGGUGGCGUUGCUGAUGGCUGCUUAUGCUGCCCCAGCGUAGGGCUAGCAGAAAAUGAAUCUGCCGUUGUACUCCCUUCUCUAAAGUCGAAGCCCAGCACACAGUCGUAUGCGCUGUCGCCUCCAUGCGGCGCCACAUGAGAUUGCUUAGAAGACUUGUUAGGCAAGACAUGCAUCAACCUGCUUCAGUCAAGUGGCUUCCUUCCACUGGUAGAAGGUGUUCUCCAGGUGGCAGGAGGUGUUCCCAAACUCACCCUCUUUUUUUGUCUCUCUCUCUCUCUCACCCUACCCUCUUGUCCUAGGGAGAUGGUGGAGUGCUUCAACAAGAUUGCUCAGGACUCCGAAUGCCAUGUGGUGGUGGUAUCUGGCGCCGGGAAAAUGUUCACCUCAGGUAGGUGAGGAGAGAUGCUGAGGACUAGAAAGAUGUUUCUCCUGCUUUAGGGUAGAAAGUUCCUGGGCUGCUGUAGAGGCUGGCUCCUGGGGAAAAAAUUAACUCUUCUUAAAGUGGGGCACCCCUGGCCACUGGUCCCAUCACCUCCUGGCAAAUAGAAGGGGAAGAAAUGGAGGCAGUGAGAGAUUUUACUUUCUUGGGCUCCAUGGUCACUGCAGGUGGUGACAGCAGGCACGAAAUUAAAAGACACCUGGUUCUUGGGAGGAAAGCAACGACAAACCUAGACAGCAUCUUAAAAAGCAGAGACAUCACCUUGCCAACAAAGGCCCGUAUAGUUAAAUCUAUGGUUUUCCCAGUAGUGAUGUAUGGAAGUGAGAGCUGGACCAUAAAGAAGGCUGAUCGCCAAAGAACUCAUGCUUUUGAAUUAUGGUGCUGGAGGAGACUCUUGAGAGUCCCAUGGACUGCAAGAAGAUCAAACCUCUCCAUUCUGAAGGAAAUCAGCCCUGAGUGCUCACUGGAAGGACAGAUCCUGAAGCUGAGGCUCCAAUACUUUGGCCACCGCAUGAGAAGAGAAGACUCCCUGGAAAAGACCCUGGUGCUGGGAAAGAUUGAGGGCACAAGGAGAAGGGGACGACAGAGGAUGAGAUGGUUGGACAGUGUUCUCGAAGCUACCAGCAUGAGUCUGACCAAACUGCGGGAGGCAGUGGAAGACAGGAGUGCCUGGCGUGCUCUUGUCCAGGGGGUCACGAAGAGUCGGACAUGACUAAACAACUAAACAACAACAAAGUGGGGCAGGGAACCUUUUCUCUCCGGAGGGCCUCAUUCCCUUCCAGGUAACAUUCUCAGGGCGACGUGUCAGUGGUCGGUGGAGGCAGAGGGGAAAAUGGGCUGGAGGGCAAUUGCUGCAAACACUCACACUCCCCUCUCCAUCCUGACACACAAAAGGCAUUGUCGGAGCGCAAGGAUCCGUUCUAGCCAGGCAAAAGCACUUGAGCUGUAAAGUGUGUCCUUUUGUUUGUCCAGAGUCUGUUGUGCCUCAUGUGUGUGAAAGAGGUGUUAAGAAACACAAAAACAGUUUUUCUGACUGUUAUGGGGAGCAUUAAAACUGCACAUGCACAAGUGUCUGUUGUGCAGCUCUUUUGCACAACACAGAACGUGGAGGUCUUUGGAACAAAACGUUGGGUGCCUACAGACUGCCGCAAUUUUAGGAGUUCAUGCGUAUACUGUAACUUUAGCGUUGUGAAUUUAAAGGAGUCAAUCACCCUAGCGCAACAAAUCCACUUUUAAAAAAGAAUACUUUUUGCCGUUUGGAAAGUGGCCAGGAAAUGUGUUGAAAAGUAUGGGACAUACUUUCAAAGUGUUGGUGCUGACCUUGAAAGCCCUAAAGGGCCAUUGGCCCAGUAUACCUGAAGGAGCGUCUCCACCCCCAUCGUUCUGCCUGGAUGCUGAGGUCCAGCACCGAGGGCCUUCUGGCGGUUCCCUCAUUGUGAGAAGCGAGGUUACAGGGAACCAGACAGAGGGCCUUCUCGGUAGUGGCGCCCGCCCUUUGGAACACCCUCCCUUCAGAUGUGAAGGAAAUAAGCAGCUAUCUUAUCUUUAAAAGACAUCUGAAGGCAGCCCUGUUCAGGGAAGUUUUUAAUAUGUAAUGUUGUAUUGUUUUUAACACUUGAUUGGAAGCCGCCCAGAGUGGCUGGGGAAACUCAUCCAGAUGGGCGGGGUAUAAAUAAUAACUUAUUAUUAUUAUUAUUUAUUACAAAAGACUGAUUAAUGGGUAAACAUUAAUGUGGCGCUGUGGGUAAAACCUCAGUGCCUAGGACUUGCCGAUCGUAUGGUCGGCGGUUCGAAUCCCCGCGGCGGGGUGAGCUCCCGUCGUUCGGUCCCAGCUCCUGCCCACCUAGCAGUUCGAAAGCACUCUUAAGUGCAAGUAGAUAAAUAGGUACCGCUUUAUAGCGGGAAGGUAAACGGCGUUUCCUUGUGCUGCGCUGGUGCUGGCUCGCCAGCUGCAGCUUUGUCACGCUGGCCACGUGACCCAGAAGUGUCUUCGGACGGCGCCGGCUCACGGCCUCUAGAGCGAGAUGAGCACGCAACCCUAGAGUUGGACACGACUGGCCCGUACGGGCAGGGGUACCUUUACCUUUACCAUGUAAGCAAGCGAGGAUGGGUGCUUAUUGUCUCAUAAGCUGUCCCAUAUACAAAAGGAUGCUCAGUAAAGCUUGGGGCAGCCUAACCACUGUGUGAGCUUUGUGCAAGCAAAUCAGGAUAAACAAACAGGUUUUCUGAAGAAGCUGGGAAGUUUCUUUUGAGCAAAGCAGCGGCACAGAAUUGAGACGGGGUGUCACUUAUUUGGGAGUAACGUGAGCCGUCCUGGUUCUCCCAUGCUCUCGCCCGGCAGGUAUUGACUUGAUGGAGAUGGGCAGCACGUUCCUGAUGAUACCAGGAGACGACACAGCCCGGAAGGCUUGGAACAUCCACCAGAAGAUCCGGGAGUAUCAAGAAACCUUCACGGUCUUGGAGAAGGUGCGUGGGCUGAUCCUGCAGUUUGCCCCACCCUUGGAUGAGAAACCAUCUUCAUCCACGGCUAACUGUUCCUUUGUCUUUUAGUGCCCUAAGCCCGUAAUUGUUGCCGUCCACGGGGGCUGCAUUGGAGGAGGUGAGUCUGCAACGCUUGCGUCAUAAAUAACCUGAAACAACCCCCCCCCUUCCCCGCUUCCACCAUUCCCCCUCACAACUGCAGUAGUUUUGUGGAUGUUGCAAGUUGCAACAGGUAACCAUGGGCCAAAUCUGGCAUUUCAGCAGCAGCUUUUAUUUCUUUUUCUUUAUUAUGUAUUUUGAUCUUGGUUUUUUUCCCCUUUUUUUUCAUUAGUUUUUAUUAAAUACAGUGGUACCUCGGGUUACAUACGCUUCAGGUUACAGACUCCGCUAACCCAGAAAUAGGGCUUCAGGUUAAAGAACUUUGCUUCAGGAUGAGAACAGAAAUCGGGCUCCGGCGGCAGCAGGAGGUCCCAUUAGCUAAAGUGGUGCUUCAGGUUAAGAACAGUUUCAGGUUAAGUACAGACCUCCAGAACGAAUUAAGUACUUAACCCGAGGUACCACUAUAUUACAAGAAAAGAAAAAGGAAAAAGGAAUAGAAACAAAAAUCAACACAUAACACUGUACACAAUUUGACAAUUCAGAUUUGAAUACACUGCUAUACCUCUGACUACACCUUUUUAAACAAUAUUUUCCCACCUCUCUCUCCUCCCCCUACUUCCCACCACUAUCCGUCUUCUCGCUUAAAUAUUCAUUCCAGAUCUCUUCAUAUUCAUCCAUUCUUAAUUUGCUUCGACAUGCAAUUCGUUCGUAUGUAGCUAAUCUGUCCAUAUUAUCAAUCCGUGUGCUCAAUGGAAUCUUUUUGCAGCUCUUCCAAUUCAUCAAGACAAGUUUUUUUUGCUUCUAAUAUGUGUCUUUUAAACUCCCUCAGCUAUCCCAACUGCAGGGAGCAGUGUUGUAACGUUUAUUAUUUCUAAAUAUAAAUAUAUUUUAAAAACCAUUCUGAAAAGCACUUGAUCCACACUUCAGCUACAUAAUCAACUUUCCUUUCUCUUAAAUGGGUGUAAUCUGAAGGCACCCGAGGAUGUCACACAGCUGAAGCGAAUCAGGUCCGCACCUGGUUGCAGGUUCCCAGACAUAUUAAAUAUAUAACCUUUAAAACAUAUAACGCAGGCUUUCCUGGACUCUCAGCCCUAUUUUUUUAAUUUCUUUUGGUGCACAUGUUCCUUGCUCAGUUUUACAUAAAUAGUUUUCCUCGGUUUUUACGAAGUUCUGCUGAGUAUUAUUGCAGCACACUUAUAUACUGUUAUUUAACGAAACAUGUAUACUGCUUGACUGUAAUGAAAAAAAAACCACACCAAGUGGUUUGCAUAGUGUAUCACGUUAUCAGUACGUUGCUGACUUUUUCUAAUACAGUGGUACCUCGGGUUACAUACGUUUCAGGUUACAGACGCUUCAGGUUACAGACUUUGCUAACCCAGAAAUAGUACCUCGGGUUAAGAACUUUGCUUCAGGGUGAGAACAGAAAUCAUGCUCCGGCGGUGCGGCAGCAGCAGGAGGCCCCAUUAGCUAAAGUGGUGCUUCAGGUUAAGAACAGUUUCAGGUUAAAAACAGACCUCCGAAACGAAUUAAGUUCUUAACCCGAGGUACCACUGUACUUUAACUAUUUAUUUGUGCUUUUAUCUACUGUUUUUAUCUUGUGAACCGCCCUGAGAUCUUUGGAUGAAGGGCAGUAAAUAAAUCUAAUAAAAAUUAAAAUAAAAUUUUGUUUUUUGCAUUCAGCAUGCUUUACGUGAACCAUUUAGAUUCGCUGCCGUAUUAAUCAGCAUGUAACUUAUACAGUGGUACCUCUGGAUGCAAAUGGGAUCCGUUCCAGAGCCCCGUUCGCAUCCUGAAGCGAACGUAAGAUGCGACUGCGAGGUCGCAUUUCGCUGCUUCCGCGCAUGCGCGUGACGUCAUUUUGAGCGCAUGUGCGAGUGGCGAAACCUGGAAGUAAUGCGCUCCGUUACUUCCGGGUCACCGCGGAGCGCAACCCGAAAAUGCUUAUCUUGAUGCAUAUUCAUCUUCUGGCCCUAGAUCUGGAAACGUGCUGAAUGUUUAGCUGCUGAGCAUCCUUCUACAGUGGUGCCCCGCAAGACGAAUGCCUCGCAAGACGGAAAACCCGCUAGACAAAAGGGUUUUCCGUUUUUGAGUUGCUUCGCAGGACGAAUUUCCCUAUGGGCUUGCUUCGCAAGACGAAAAUGUCUUGCGAGUCUUGAGAUUUUUUUCGCUUUCCCCCCCCUUUAUCUAAGCCGCUAAGCCUUUAAUAGCCUUUUAGCAGCUAAUCCGCUAAGCCUUUAAGCCUUUAAUAGCCGCUAAACCGCUAAUAGCGCUAAUCCGUUAAGCCGCUAAUAGGGUUGCUUCGCAAGACGAAAAAACCGCUAGACGAAGACACUCGCGGAACGGAUUAAUUUCGUCUUGCGAGGCACCACUGUAUUGGGACGUGAACAGCAUUGUUUACCUGUUCUUGUUCCCUCUGCAGGUAUGAAUCUCAUCUCCGCCUGCGAUAUCCGCUACUGUACUCAAGACGCCUGGUUCCAGGUUAAGGUGUGUUGUGAGAGCUCCUAUCACCUUUCUUCCCAGGGGAACCUACCUGGCUUGUUAGUCUUGCUCCAAGCCCCUUAGGAACAGAGGAAGGUUCCUUUCAACAAGUCAUACCCUUGGUCUGUCUAGCUCAUUAUUAACUACAGUGACUGGCAGUGGCAGAAGCUCUCCAGGACUCCAGACAAGGGACAUUCAGGAAAAUUCAGGAGAAACAUAAGAAAAUGUUCAGUGGAUAGUUACAUACCCUCCAACAUUUCUCCGAUGAAAAGAGGGGCAUCCUAUUGCGUGGCAAGUCCCGCCUCCCCCCUUGGAAAAUAAAGACACAGGGCACAGUAUUUAAGGUUAAUGGGCGGAAAAGGCCACAACUUUAUUGACUGCAGAAAUUGAGCGGUAUUGGCUUAGGCAUUGGUCCUAUCGACUAACCGGCUUCAGCCUGAUUGCAUGAAGGCCGGCAAGGGUUAACCACCAGUAGGGGGAGUCCUGAUGAUGUACAUCAACUAGGACCUCCCCCGGGGUCACCACUCGGGGGCGUGCCUUAGGCCCACACCUCCGUAGGCUUCGGACAGGGCAACGCUGCCCGGAAUCCUUUGCCGGACUACCCUUUGCUUUGGAGGAAGGUGAUGGCGCUUCCUUUCCCCCCUCUCAUUCCUCCCUCCCCCCAUCCGGAGCAGCUGGAGCAAAGCAGAGAGGGAGGUCCUCAGUCGUGCCGGCCCUAAAUAGCCCGGGCCACGCCUCCCUGGCCAGCCGAUUGGCUGGACAGGGAGAUGACGCGCCCGAGGAUUCCCUCAUUCUCGAGGGGACUGUGAGUCAGCCCCCGCAUGCGUGGGGAGGUGGUGAGCCCGCAACCCCACCGCCUCUCCAGCUUGGAAGUGGCGUUCCAUAACAACAACAGCACUAAUAAUAAUUUUAUUAUUUAUACCGCAUCCCCCUGACUUGGUUGCCCCAGCCACUCUGGGAGGCUUCCAACAUAUCUAGAAGCCUAAUAAAAACAUUUAAAAACCUGAAGAAGGGCUGCAUUUUGAUGGGUCAAGGAUCAUAUAACUCCAUGUCCUCCAACAUUUCUCCAAUGAAAAUAGGGAUGUCCUCCAGAAAAGUGGGACAUUUUGGGAUCAAAUCAGAAACCGGGACGGCUUCUGUAAAUCCGGGACUAUCCCUGGAAAAUAGGGGAACUUGGAGGGUCUGAACGGUUGCCUUCAGUUGUCUUCUGAAGGUUUGCAUAGUUACUUGUCUUGGGGGGGUCACAUAACUCCAGAUCCUUUGCAACAUUUCUCCAAUAAAACCAGGGACAUCUUGCCAUACCCUCCCAACAUUUCUUGGGUGAAAAUAGGGACGUCUUAAGGAAAAGCAGGGGACGCGGGUGGCUCUGUGGGUUAAACCACAGAGCCUAGGACUUGCCGAUAAGAAGGUCGGCGGUUCGAAUCCCCGCCACGGGGUAAGCUCCUGUUGCUCACUCCCUGCUCCUGCCAACCUAGCGGUUCAAAAGCACGUCAAAGUGCAAGUAGAUAAAUAGGUACCACUCUGGUGGGAAGGUAAACGGUGUUUCCGUGCGCUGCUCUGGUUCGCCAGAAGCAGCUUAGUCAUGCUGGCCACAUGACCCAGAAGCUGUACGCCGGCUCCCUUGGCCAGUAAAGCGAGAUGAGCGCCACAACCCCAGAGUCGGUCACGACUGGACCUAACGGUCAGGGGUCCCUUUACCUUUUUUAAAGGUAAAGCAGGACAUUCCAGGAGCAAAUCAGAAACCGGGAUGGCUUUUGUAAAUUCAGGACUGUCUUCGGAAUGCAAGAACACUUGGAGAGUAUGUAGGUUUUUUGUUUUGUUUUGUUUUUUUGCAACUUAAAUAUAUGUUUAUUAAAUAUUUCUUAGUGUACAGUUGGAGAGUCUGUAGUUAAACUAUGGAACUCGCUCCUGCAGAAAGCAAUUAUGGCCACCGUAUUGGAUGGCUUUUAAAAGAAUACGGCUACCAGCCACGAUAGCUCUGCUCUGCCUCUGUGGUCAGAGGAAGGAAUGGUUCUGAAUACCAGUUGCUGGAAACCGCAGGCAGGAGAGAGGUCUCCACUGCUUGUGUCCUGCUUGUAGGUUUGAUAAUGAUGAUGAUGAUGAUGAUAAUAAUAAUAAUAAUAAUAAUAAUAAUAAUUUAUUAUUUAUACCCCGCCCAUCUGACUGGGUCUCCCCAGCCACUCUGGGCGGCUUCCAACCAAAUAUCAAAAACAAUACAGCGUCAGACAUUAAAAACUUCCCUAAACAGGUGUCUUUUAAAAGUAAAAUAGUUGUUUAUUGCCUUGACAUCACCUGGGACAGUGUUCCACAGGGCGGGUGCCACUACCGAGAAGGCCCUCUGCCUGGUUCCCUGUAACCUCACUUCUCGCAACAAGGGAACCGCCAGAAGGCCCUCGGUGCUGGAUCUCAGUGUCUGGGCUGAACGAUGGGGGUGGAGACACUCCUUCAGGUAUACAGGACAUCUGUUUGGCCACUGUGAGAAGGGGAUGCUGGUUCCAUGGGCCAAUGGCCUGAUCAUUUUACGUUCUUAACAUGCCCUGCCAGGAAGGUGUCAAAAGAUGGAACCUUCUCUCUACCCCCCGAGCUACAGCCCUUCCCUUUAUCUCAGUCCAAAGCGCUUUGACCUUUUCCUUCUGUGUCACGGGAUGCCUGAACCCGUCUCUCCUCCUCCCUCCAGGAAGUGGACGUCGGAUUGGCAGCCGACGUUGGUGUUCUGCAACGGCUACCUCAUAUCGUCGGAAAUCGGAGGUCAGUCUUCGCUUCCUUUCAACUUUCCUUCCUUUCCUCCCUCUUGUGGCUUGUAAGGGAGGUAAUAGCAUUGGUGACAUUGAUUUGGGGCGCAGCAAGCCCCUUAUAUUGGUGUUAGAGAUAUUAAUGAAUAAAAUUAGAAAAGAUGAGACUAUAAAAGGGAUUGUGAUGGGGGGGAGUAUAAAGUAAGAGCCUUCGCAGAUAAAGUAUUAAAAAACGAAUCUAUUAGUUAAAAAUAUGGGGAACCAAGAAAAAAGUGAGCUACGAAGAAUCUCAGGGUUGCAGAUAAAAAAAAAAAAAGAUGAAAUAUUUCGGCAUAUGGAUGACAACAAAAAAUAUAGACCUAUUCCAUCCCUUCUCCCGCUUUGCUGUGAAGCCAGCAGAGCAGUUGGACUUAACUGUCAGGGGUCCCUUUACCUUUACUAUACCACCCUACAACAGAAAGACAAAAUGGGAAUGCAAAAUACAUAAUAAAACCCUUGCUGUCCCAUCCAACUGGAGAACGGUUUACAAUACCACAAGAGUUGGUAGUUCAGCCGACAGUUCGGCUUUGCCCUGCAGGGAAAAAUGCCCCACUUCCUUCUACAUGAAGGAGAAUUUUUCCUGACCUGCUGAUUCUUUCCUCCUGCUCCCAGCCUGGUCAACGAGUUGGCUUUCACUGCCAGGAAGAUGAUGGCGCCUGAAGCCGAGAGCAGCGGCUUGGUCAGGUAUGUGGCACAUUCCCCCAGACAGUCCACCUAUUCAUAAUUGUGUGGGGCUGAUAACAGCACUUCCUCCUCGGCCCACAACCUGCUUUUGACGGAGGCAGGUUCCCCUUUUCAUUGCAUGGCCUCUGCCCAGCAAAGUCACGAGUCUGGAAAUUAUAUGGGGAAGGGUUUAGGGGUGGGGAUGCAAAUGAGAGUGGCUAAUGGCCCUAACGCCAUGCAAAAUCCCCUGCCCACAUCUCAAAAAAGAAAAAAGAUACUUAUAGAGCCAGGAAAGAUCCGGAACAAAGAACCACUUGAAUGGGGUGAAACAGGAGGAAAAACUGAAGCGGGGUGGGUUGUUGUUGUUUAGUCAUUUAGUCGUGUCCGACUCUUUGUGACCCCCUGGACCAGAGCACGCCAGGCCCUCCUGUCUUCCACUGCCUCCCGCAGUUUGGUCAAACUCAUGCUAGUAGCUUCGAGAACACUGUCCAACCAUCUCGUCCUCUGUCGUCCCCUUUUCCUUGGGCCCUCCAUCUUUCCCAACAUCAGGGUCUUUUCCAGGGAGUCUUCUCUUCUCAUGAGGUGGCCAAAGUCUUGGAGCCUCAGCUUCAGGAACUGUCCUUCCAGUGAGCACUCAGGGCUGAUUUCCUUCAGAAUGGAUAGGUUUGAUCUUCUUGCAGUCCAUGGGACUCUCAAGAGUCUCCUCCAGCACCAUAAUUCAAAAGCAUCAAUUCUUUGGUGAUCAGCCUUCUUUAUGGUCCAGCUCUCACUUCCAUACAUCACUACCAGGAAAACAGUAGCUUUAACUAUACAGACCUUUGUUGGCAAGGUAAUGGGUUGGCAAGCAGGGUGGGUAGGGACCGUGUUUUCUUGUAGGCCGUCUUCUGCGUGUCUGGGGCAACGGCUGUGACUCUCGCCCCUCCAGGUAAGCAGGAGGUCUGGCCACAGUUGAAGAUCACGUUUAUUAUGACGUUUAUAUUCCACCAUUUCCUCCAAGGUGGCACGCUUGGUUCUCCUUCCCCUCAUUUAAUCUCCACAACAUCCUUGCGAGGUAGGUUUGGCUGGGAGGCAGCCACUGGCUCCACGGUCACCCAGUGUGAGCUUCAUGAGCUGAGGAUUUAUCCAGGUGGGGCGCUGCGGGGUUUGGCCUGGGGAGAAGACGUGUGCUAGGGGGUUUGUUAACUUCAGGCAGCUAAGCAAGAGCGCAGCAGAGAGAUGCAGGGCGACAAAUCAAGAGCGUUAAUUGCUUUAUUCCGCUGUGAUUUACAAGGCUGCUCUCUUACAUGAUUUUAGGGACAGAUCGGGCAAAUUCACAGGAGACUCUUUUCAGUAACCAUUAUGCCUAAAAGCAGCCUUUCUCAGCAUGUGGGUCCCCAGAUGUUGUUGAACUACAACUCCCAUCACCCCUAGCUAGCAAGGCCAGAGCUCAGGGAUGAUGGGAGUUGUAGUCCAACAACAUCUGGGGACCCACAGGUUGAGAACCGCUGCCUAAAAGGAACCUCGGAGGUUACUGACUACAAAUACUUUCCAAGUGUGUUGAAUAUGUCUUAUAAAUAACGCCCCCUCCCUGAAAAGAGGUGUCUGUGAAUUUCCCCUUUUAGAAGGACAACUUCAAAGACAAAUCCGUUUAUUGUGAGGACCAUGCCUGUACACAAACAUUAACACAACAAUAGUUAGCACAGCAUACUACAGCCAACAAAACUUUCAUCCCACAAAUAGAAAGAGAGGGGAAACGAGGCAACGAGUUAAACAGACUUUAUGAAGGGGUCUUUUACAUUGUCAUCCGCAAAUCUUCUUCCUGGCUUUCAUGGCCUUUUAUCACAAAAACCGCUACCACGUGGGAAUACGUGGGUUUGCAUCACAAUAAAAUUUUACUCUAUCUUCAGGAUUGUUAUAGAGUUGGGUAUAAUUUGCAGCAACAAGUGCCUCUAAAGCUCGAGUAGAUGGGGCAAUAGGAGGAGGUAAUGUGUAAGAUCCUUUAAUUUUCAUAAGGCAAGGCAUAAAUGAUGUUCUCUACUCAGUUUUUAGACCCACCGUCAGAUAUGCAGCUGGCAGUGUUUGAACCGUGCCAUAUGGUGCCCUCCUAACAAGACUCCACCAAGUAGUUGGCACAGAUUUUGGACUGCUUUACUGGGAAACCAUAGGAAAACCCAGAGUUUAUCUUAGGAGUCCAAAAAGGCUGCCAGAUCCAUUCCCGAACUUUAUCAGGGCUCCACAAUUUAAGGUAUUAAACUCCAGGUAGAUUUGUAUCUGGAUAGGAUAUCUAGUAGGUUUUUAUGCCAAGUAGUAAUAUUUUAGACAAUACAAAGGCUUGUUACCAAUAAGGUGUUCGGCACUGUGAGGCUACAGAAAACUAGAAUCUUUUGCGGGCCCUGGCAGACACAGAAGGUAAUCCUACUUCCAAUUUUAGGGAGAGCUGCCGGAUUUGAGGAGGCCUAGAAUUUUCUGAGGCAAAAGUUUAAUUCUGCCGUCGAACAGCUUCUGGAUUCCAUCCCCCAGAGUUCUACUCCAUAUAGCAUCUGGGGAAUCACUUUUCCAACAAAGCUUUUAAUGCCGGGAUCACCAGUUGCCCUCCUCAAUAAAAAGCUGAGCAGGGCACUGAUUGUCCUAGAUGUUAGAAGGCCAGUCUUGAAGUGGGCAAGCCAGCCAGAUGUAGCUUGGAGUGACAUCAAGAUAUUUAAAAAAGAAGACACUGUUCACCUAAAGUCUUUCAUCUAAAGCAUCCAUCUAAAUGUGUGGCGAGCCUAGUAAAUACCACAAUUUUGUUUUGUCACAAUUUAUCUGCAGCUGGGAACAAAUGCUGCGAGCCCUCCAGCAUGCCAUGUGGUGGGCCCCUUCGAGUGGCAAUGACAGCCAUGUCAUCAGCAUAUAGUAAUAUAUUCAGGUGUUUACCUAGGGCAGGAGCUGGAUGACUUAUACUUGCCAUAUGUUGAACAAUGUCAUUUAUAUAGAAAAUUAAAGAGGAACGGCGCUAACAAACAGCCCUUGUUUAACCCCUUUCCCCAGUGGCAGGAUCAGUAUAGCUGCCUGACAUCCCAGUUCUGAUUUUAACUGUGGUGUCUGAACGUAACUCUCUGGCAUUUUGAGAAGUCGCUCAUCAACAUCUGUUUCUAUAUAAUUUUGGGCUUACAAUUUUAUCCCUACAGAUUGAAUCAAAAGCGGAUGUGGAGAUCUACUAAAGCCACAAAAAGUUUGCUCUUAUAAAAAUUUUUAGACACUUAUCUAUCAUUGUCUGUAGUACCAAACAAUGGCCUGUUGUGGCUAUGUGGCCCUUUCAAACCCUGCCUGUUCCGGAUUAAGCAGGUUAGGAGUGGUCAGCCCAGUCAACUGGGGGUUUAUUUAGCAGGUAGCGAGUGUAAGUUUAUACACAACGUCCAGGAGACUUAAGUGAAGCAUAGUUUGGAGGGGGGUCUUGGGGGUCUCCUUCCAGGUGGGGGCUACCAGCUCGCUUCCAGUUUCGGAUUUGCAUAUAUCAUUUAUCAUCAGAGUUGGGCCAAAAAUAGCAGCCCACCACUGGGCAUUUAGUUUAAAUACCCCAGGAGGAAUCAUAUCCUCACCGCAGCUUUACAUUCUUGGAGUGUUUAAUUAGGCUGUAAACAUUCUUGAUCUGGUAACAGAUCCUGCCCUUACUGAUCGGCUUAAGGAGGAGAAAACUGUCGUUUAGCAAUGUUUGGGAGCUAGCAUAGCCGGGAAAGGGCAGACCUAAGGGGUUAGAUGAGAUACUGUUGGCCAUAAUUUUCCCCUUUGGUGAAACUCCCCUAAGUAAUUAUUUCCUGUGAACUUUGGUCAUCCCGCAAUUUGAUCGCUUUGUCAUGCCUCCCAUUGUUCCUUUCUGUAGAGGGAUUUUUUAAAUUUUAGAGUAUUUUUAUAAUGAACGCACCAUGCAGGUUUUCCAAUGAGGACAAGGUCCCUUCCUGUUUUACCUAUUUUGUAGUUUCCUGGAUAAGGAUCUUAGAUUCCUACAGUCUUUGUCGAACCAGGCCCUCGGAAGGUUUUGUUUUUUUGGGAGGGUUGGAAUUGUGGAGUAGGGAAGAGCGACCUGACCUGGCUGAAAUGUUGAAAAGGGUCAGAAAUUGAUGAGACACUGUCUCUCAAGGCCAGUAAGUCUGAUGAAUGCAGAAUUUGAUUUUAGAUUCCAGGUCGCUGUUCCAUUUACGCCUACGAAGGGCCAGGCUGGAGGUGGGUCUGCACAGAUUAUGGUAUUAUGGAUCCUCUCCACACCACGGGAAUUAGUGAAAUUGAUAUAGAAGAUGAUCACUCAAUUCUAUUGAAAGUCCUGAAGCCCUGUGACCUCCAAGAGUUUUGGGGGAGAAUUGUGAUAUAAUCACAACGCCACACCCUGGGUCCAAGAAAAGAAAAGAAACCCUGACCUUGUCCAUAUGGGUACUCAUGCAAAUUAAGGGCUAAAAUUCUAAGGGUUUGAAGGCAGUUCCACAAUGUAAUGCCUGCCUUAUUCAAGACCUUUAUCGUCUGAGGACCAGGGAAUAACCAAUCUGCCUCUGUAGAACUGAGAUUUAGAGCAAUACGUGCUAAUGCCGUUUCCAUCCUGGCGUUGAAAUCACCACAGCAGGAUAUCCAUGCUAGGAAAUUCUAGUUCAGCUCUUCUCCAAACAUAGCUCUAAAUCUUCCCAGAAUUAGACGACUGGGAGGGGUGCCUAUGGGAGGGAGCAUAUAUAUUAAAGCAAAGGAAAUCUCCUCCUUCACUGCUAGAAAUAAGGUGAUUUGUAAAUUGUUACUUUCACCCACUGCUGCUGUUGCCGGGCCUUGCAUUUAGCUUGGUAGAAACAAAGUGACUAAACCACCACUAGGUCGGCCUGAUUGGUUUUGUCGCAGGGGUAGCAAAAGCUUCAGAUCCUGGGGAAGAGGGGACAUGGAGAUCUGUGACACCAUGUCUCCUGUAGACAUGUAAACUGAAAUCUUUGUAUGAAAUCCAGAAAGUCGACGUCACCAAGCCAGAUACAUCCCGCCAUGACCUAGAUAGAAUGUGGGAAAUAGGGUGAUGGUGGGAAUAGGGCGUCAAUCUCUUCCGGAUGGUUUGAGUUCUGAGCUGGGCUCCUCCCUCUCAUUCAGUUCUGCCGGUUCCGGGUUUGAGAUCGCUGGUCCCUGGGACAGGUAAGGAGGAACUUAACGAGGGGCCAUUGCUGAUUUGGCCCAGAGGGAUCUUCGAUGACACCGGCAUAAACAUCAUGUUGUUCAGCUGAUGUAUCAUGAUGUUCAGCUGGUUUCAGAAAGCAAGGAUUUUGCCGACCCGUAUAGUUGUAUAGGUAGCAGGUCGCACAACUGCAUCUUGCGUCGGUACUGCUAGCGGGUCAAAACCUGACAGUGCCAGGAUCUUGAUUGGUGUAUUGGGCUUAGGGGACACAGCCUCCACCCGCAUCGAGGCAUAUGAGGACGAGAGCAUUUCAGACUGGUCUUACGGUAGCCCAACCAGGCCCAUGCACGUAGAGACCAGGGUACCAAGCGGGAUGUAGGAAAUCAAUUGUCAUUUGCGGGCAGGCCUGUUACCCUGGGUAAUAGAUCCCGGCCCCCGUCCAUUUGUCUUUAUGGCGCACAGGUCUAGCAUCACACUGUGGCUGUUCCAUCCUACAGGCUAAAAUGGCCGAUUGGUGAAAACCCUUGUAAAUAGAUGUACCAUUUUCUUGUGCGGUUUCUUAAUUUUAGAAUCUUGCAACGAAAUGGGCAGAUCUAAAGUUAAUAACCACACGUCUCAUAUAUAUCCAGAAGGCAGCUUUGAGAUGCUCACGACAUUCACGGGCGUAAUGUCUGCCCCAAAUGGGUCAGGAGAGACUCCAAUGUUUAUCCACUGUUGCAUCCAAGGGGUGGCUCCCACCAGUACUGCAAGUUUGCUGCCCUGGAGUUGCAGACUUGAGUUUUGUACUUGCUGGGCAGGCAUCUCUACUAGAGCCGUGUAAGGUUGGCCUGGCGACUUGGGCAGGGGUGAGUGAGAGAAUGUUGUUGCUUGAAGGAGGAUGGGGGCAACUGGAACACAAAGGCUUUUUCAAGCUUCUUUUCGAUCCCAUCCAGGAAGGACAACUUCAUGUGUGUGUGUUUUCUGCUAACUCCCCCACCUUUGGCAUACAGAACUAAGUGAGAUGAUGCCCUCCUCCAUCAUUGCCCUGGGUUGGACUAGAUGAUCCCCUGGGUCCCUUCCAAUUAUUCUAAUGUCAGGACCCCCCCCCCUUGGCUUAAUCACACCAUCCUGCUUCCAGGAUGAGCCAGUGUGGUGUAGUGGUUAAGAGUGGUGGACUCGUAAUCUGGUGAACCGGGUUCGCAUCUCUGCUCCUCCACAUGCAGCUGCUGGGUGACCUUGGGCCAGUCACACUUCUCUGAAGUCUCUCAGCCUCACUCACCUCACAGAGUGUUUGUUGUGGGGGAGGAAGGGAAAGGAGAAUGUGAGCCGCUUUGAGACUCCUUAAAGGGAGUGAAAGGCAGGAUAUCAAAUCCAAGCUCUUCUUCUUCUUCUUCUUCCCUCCCCUGCUCAGCCGUGUCUUCCAAGACAAGGAGACCAUGAUGCAAAGCGCUUUUGACUUGGCCAGUGAGAUUGCCAGCAAGAGUCCGGUUGCUGUGCAGGGAACCAAAGUCAACCUGGUCUACUCCAGGGACCACCCUGUGUCUGAUGGCCUGAAGUAUAUGGUGAGUGUCGUGGGGCACAGGGGCUUUGCAGAGUAGGGGGUCUCGGGUUUGCCGCCCGGACCCUCCAAGAAACAGAGCAGAGAUUUCAAAGGCCUUUGGCUGCAGCCACUGCCAAGCCAGAGGCUAAGAGUGGCCCUCCAGUCCUUCCUACCUGGCCCUCAGGACUCUUCCCCGGGCUGCACCCCUCACCAGCCUUUCUUCACACCUCCCUUGCCUGUUUUUGCCAGGCUGGAAUAUGUCCUCCAAGUCUGACAGCACCGUAUUUUUCGCUCCAUAAGACGCACUUUUUCCCUCCUAAAAAGUAAGGGGAAAUGUGUGUGCGUCUUAUGGAGCGAAUGCAGGGGGGAGGCAGGCAGGAAAAGCCCCCAAGAGCCGCACACAAGCUCCGCGCGGCUCUUGCGGGCUUUUCCCCAGGAGGGAGAAGGGACUGACGCGGCCAGUCAGUCCCUUCUCCCUCCUCGUAGAAAAGCCCGCAGGAGCCGUGCGCUCCUUAAAGGGUACGCGGCUCCUGUGGGCUUUUGCAGGAGGUGGGAGUAUUGCCAUAGCCACGUGCAGCCCCUCCGGACGGGAGAGGCUGCGCAUGGCUAUGGCAGAAGCCAAGACAGCGAGCGGGAUGGAUCCCGCUCGCUGUCUUGGCUUCUUUGCUCUUUGGGGCUGGGGGGCGGGAACCCGUGCUUCCCCCGGCAGCCUCAGAAGCUCUGAGAGAAGCGCAGCCUGUCCGCUGCUCUUUGGGGCUGGGGGGGUGGUUUCUUGAUUUCCCCCUCUAAAAACUAGGUGCGCCUUAUGGUCCGGUGCGCCUUAUGGAGCGAAAAAUACGGUACCUAUUGGGUGGAUGAAGCCUGGCUGGAGGACCGAGAGGGUUGUGCGCAGAAACUAGCCGACUAUUAACAAAGCAAAAUUUGCAUGGGUUGCUCCUCCCACUUCUGCCUCUGGCCCCGCCCAUCACCAGCAUGCAGCCCCCGGAAGAUAAUGCAACAAUACAUUCCCCAUCCCUGAGAUAGACAGCACUUUGCAGGAAGGCCUAAACUGGCUCCGUGCAACUCAUAAAUGCAUUUUGCCCUUUGUUCCCGUUUUGCAACAGGAACAAGGUGCAGCCGCCCUUGGUCUCUAGGAUUUGGCACCAGCAGAAGCAAGCGUAGUGCAAUAAAGCAAUAAAGCGAUUUGCACAACAUGGUUGCCGGGCGGCAGAAAUCCAGGUUCUGACUUUUGCACUCAGACAGCUGUUCCUGCUGUGCCACGGAAAACCCCAACGUGCAACCGACUUUCAGGGAUGUGUCCAGCCAAGUUCUGCUCAGAUCAAGCCCAGCGAGCGAAGUGAAUGGGCAUGAGUUAAUCUUGAAUUCCAAAGGGGGUUGCUCUGAGCCACAGCAACAUUUCUAGUUAAAAGGUUUUCGGCAGGGACUGGGAAAAGUGAAGGCCCCUGCUUGGGGUGAGCAGGCAGGGAGUCCCCCAAGUGCUGCCCCACUGAAAAACAGAUUUCCGACAAAUGUGGAAUGAGGGUUAUGUGUCACCUGUAACAGUUCUUGAGCAGGGUCCAUAUACAGUGCUCUGCUCCCGAAUGACUCCGUUUUGGAACGUUUCGGCUCCCGAACGCUGAAAACCCGGAAGUUAAACGCUUCAAUUUUCGAACAUUUUUCGGAGCCGAAUGUCCAACGCGGCUUCCGCUUGAGUGCAGGAAGCUCCCGCAACCAAUCAGAAGUCGCGCCUCGGUUGUCGAACAUUUCAGAAGCCGAAUGGGCUUCCGGAACGGAUUACAGUGGUACCUCAGGUUACAUACGCUUCAGGUUACAUACGCUUCAGGUUACAGACUCCGCUAACCCAGAAAUAGUGCUUCAGGUUAAGAACUUUGCUUCAGGGUGAGAACAGAAAUCGUGCUCCGGUGGUGCAGCAGCAGCGGGAGGCCCCAUUAGCUAAAAUGGUGCUUCAGGUUAAGAACAGUUUCAGGUUAAGAACGGACCUCCGGAACGAAUUAAGUACUUAACCUGAGGUACCACUGUAUGUUCGACAGCCGAGGUUUGACUGUAACGUAUGAAUCUGAGAUGUUUAGGUCUGAAGGAGGGGAAAGUAUCACUUAGCAGAAGGCAGAAUAACUGGAUGUUAGCUGAGAGAAAAUAUUUUGAAUAAUUUUUUGUAUAUAACUGAAAAAUGCAAAUCAGAAGUCCCUUUGAUCUCUCUCUUGUCUUUCUCUUUUCUGUUCCUCUCUUCCAUUUUCCUUUUUCUCCCCUUCCCCCCUUUUCUUGGUGUCCUCUGCUCUGGGGUUUCAUUGGAACUGCACACACCUGAAGGUGACAGGUGGCUGGCAAAGGGCCUUGGGUGAGAGGCUGGGAGGAGAAUGGGAAGCUGCCAGCUAAGAGCUGGGAGGCUCCACACCUUUCUGUGUGACAUGAGGGUUAAGGUCUGCCUUCGAAAGAGGACUCUGCCUUUUUCUUUCUUCCUCUGUUUUUAGUUAGAUUUACUGUAUUUUUCGCUCCAUAAGACGCACCUAGUUUUUAGAAGGGGAAUGCAAGGAAAAAAAUAUUCUUUAAAGGGAGCGCGGAAGAGAGGCUGUCUGCAUCCCAGGCUCUGCUCAGCGCUCCCUUUCACGAGCCGCGUGGAGCAUGUGUGCGGCGCUUGCAGGCUUCUCCCUCCUGGGGGGAAAAGCCCCCAAGAACUGCACACACGCUCCACGCGGCUAGUGAAAGGGAGUGCUGCUCUUGGGGGCUUUUCCGGGAGGUGCGGGAGGGGCUUGAGGGGCUGCCCUCUGUCCCUUCCCCCACCUCCCACAAAAGCACGCAAGAGCCGCGCGCUCUUUAAAGGAUGCACAGCUCCUGCGGGCUUUUCUACGAGGAGGGAGAAGGGACUGAUGCGGCCAGAAAGGCCCUUCUCCCUCCUGGGGAAAAGCCCGCGGAGCGUGUGUGCGGUUCUUGGGGGCCUUUCCCGCCUGCCUCCCCCCUGCAUUCGCUCCAUAAGGCGCACACACAUUUCCCCUUACUUUUUAGGAGGGGAAAAGUGCGUCUUAUGGAGCGAAAAAUACGGUAGUUUAUUUUAAGAAGUGCUCCCAUGCAUAAAGAACAAACAGCUAAGGCAGUUGCUCCGCCGUUUUCUGAGUCCGCUUUGUUUCUGCCCUGCAGGCUACCUGGAACAUGAGCAUGCUUCAGACAGAGGACAUCUUGAAGUCCGCCCAAGGCAUCAUGGAGAAGAAGACAACCAGGCAGAUAACCUACUCCAAGUUGUAGCUGCUCUGUGCUUGCAGCAUAAGGCAGCAAGCCCCCACCAAGAGCAGUAAGGGUGGGCUGCUGUUUUGGCCGUGGGCGAGACUGGACUCCAGGACCCCCUGCGAGAGGAAGGGGGGCAGCAAGUGCCUUCAGAUACCGGCUCAGCCAUGAAGCUGAGUGACACGUAACGCCUUAGGAGGGGUAGAGAGGCCUUCCUUCUGAAAAAUGGUGCUUUCCCCACCCAAAGGAAGGUUAGUGGUGGAACCGGAAAUAAACAUUUAAAACGCAAUCAGCGCUCUGGGAGGAGAGGAGAUUAUUUCGGCGGAGAAUAAACCCUGCUUCAGUUAACGCCGCAGCGAGGAUGUUGGUUCUCGGCUCAGUUUGUUUGCUUAUAUUGGUGUAACGCUUUAAUUCUGUUUGCAAAUAAAAAGCUAGAAAAAAAUCGGUAAACAAAUAAGCUGGAAAUAUAUUCAUAAAAGUGUAUGACAAAGUGAAGGUUGCCCUUCUCUUCUUUCUGCCUGAGUAAAUAAGCUGAGAGUCAGGCUGAUCUCUUCCUUUCCCUGAGAUCCCACCGGUCUGUCUUCAAGGCCAGGUUGAAACUUGAACGUGGAAUAAUAAUACACAUCGAAAUUCUGCUGUGCUGUCUCUCUGGUGGUUUGAAACAAUGCAGUUUGAGCACGCAGGUAUUUAUUUUGCAACCUCUCAACCUAAUCCUGUUUUUGCAUCUAUGGGAACUAGAAAUUUGGUGGCAUGCUCAGUCGGAUGCUGAGUCGUGCACACCCUGUGCCAAAUUUUGCACACCUAUAGCCCUUGUGUACAGUUCCCCUGUGGGAAUGCAGCCCUUGACAGAACGCAUAGCGUUCCCCAGACCGCCUUACCAGAAUUGAAGAAGGCACCCAGACCUGCCCAAAAGUCUUCCCUUGCCCUCUUUGGUAGCUGUGAACGGGGAAGAUGGAAUUCUGGGAGAACGGGAAGCAGCGUUGCAUGCUGGUCUUAAGGAAGUGGUUGUUGUUGUUUAGUCGUGUCCGACUCUUCAUGACCCCCUGGACCAGAGCAUGCCAGGCACUGUCUUCCACUGCCUCCUGCAGUUUGGUCAAACUCAUGCUGGUAGCUUCGAGAACACUGUCCCACCAUCUCGUCCUCUGUCACCCCCUUCUCCUUGUGCCCUCCACUUUUCCAGGGAGUCUUCUCUUCUCCUGAGGUGACCAAAGUCUUGGAGCCUCAGCUUCAGGAUCUGUCCUUCCAGUGAGCACUCAGGGCUGAUUUCCUUCAGAAUGGAUAGGUUUGAUCUUCUUGCAGUCCAUGGGACUCUCAGUUCAUUUCAAAUUUGGGAUUUAGGACCUUUUGUGUGCCAGAGAAAUCCAGCAAGUGGCAAGGAGCCUUUGAUUCUCCCAAGUGUUGCUGGAUGCAAUCUCCCAUCACCCUUGGCUAUUGGGGGCUAGGGUUGAAGGGAAUUGGAGUCCAAUAAUACCCAGAGAGACACUGGCUCUCUUCCCCUCACUCCUUAAUCAAGUGGUUCUCAAAGGGUGUGAGAGGCGGGAAGAUUCAAGGACAAUCAAAGAAACAUUUAAACAUUUCAGGGUAGUAUACAGCAACCCCCGAUUCGUGUGUGAUGCCCCCUUUUCCAGUCACUUCUGGGUCGUGCGUCAAUUUGACGUGUGUCAAUGGGUUGUUGCCCUUGGGAUCAGAAUUAAUUUUUCUGUUUGUGGAAUGUGGAUCGGUAUCUUCAGAAUGAGAGCAAGAGCUAUUCUCCACGACAUGUUGAUGUGAACAGGAAUUUUCAGCUGACAAAUAUGGAAGUCAUUUUCAACUGCCAAAAUGUGGAAUAUCAGAAAAAGAGAUAGGCUUCUUUGGGCCGAUGAGGAGAUGGGAGUUUGCUUGUCUCAAAUUAGACCUAAUAUAGAUGAGGUUACCCAGCACAAAGCAAGCCCACACCUCUCACUGAGUUUGUAUGCAUACUAGCUACAUAGAUAAGAGGCUCGUUUAUCCUUAUAUUUUGGGAAUGAUUCCUAUUCUUAUGUAGCUGCGUUGUUUUAUACUUUCCUGGUGUCCCGUGAUCAUAUUAUAAAGCAGUCGUGUUCUGUGUUACAAAUCAAGCACAGCAAGGAGCUGUUUCUUGUUUUCCAAUGUAUUUCUUGCCAAUAAAAAAAUCCAGUGUGGUGCGAGCCAAUUUUUAUUCUGAAAGUAUGGCUCAGAAAGAAAAGUCUUGCGAGCCACUGCCUUAACCAGUUCCCCCCUUGCUGGUUCUUGUACAAGGUUCAGUCAUGGGAAUUUCGAACUUCAAGGUUGAAUCUCAAAGCAUCUGUAACCUUGAAAAGCUACUGCUGUUCGGAGUGGACGAUAGUGGGCUAGGCCAAACCAAUGGCCUGACUCUGCAACAGCUUCCAUGGCAUUUUCGAGGUUCUGAACCAUCUCUCCAGGAGUCCAGGAAACGGGUCUUUGAAUAGAACUGAGACCUAAAAUAAUAGGGAGGGCCAUCUCAAAAUUCAUUGUUUGUCUGCCAGUCCUGCUCCCAGAACCAGGACGGUUGUAUCCCCACAAUCUUGCAAUCUCUGUACCCAUCACUGACAGGCUAGCGCCUGAACCUUCAAAAAUAACCCUCGAUCAUGGAUUUUAGAGGUUCUGUUCCACUGGCGCCGCACCCCUUGGCCUCUGGCAGGUUGAAAUCAGCAUUUGUGGGCGGCUGAUAACUGAGGCUUAGCAAACAAGCAAUAAAGGCUAAAGGUUAGUUCAAGGGGAAGGUCUAUAUAGCUCAACGGAAGAGCAUAUAGAAUAGAUCCCAAGUUCAGACCCUGACUAAAUCUCUUGGCAGGACUGGGGGGAAAACCCUGGAGAAUUGGAGCCAGUCAGUGUAGGGAAUAAACUGAAAAUUUUUCUCUCAUCAUAGAAGGUUGGCGGUUCGAAUCCCCGCAAUGGGGUGAGCUCCCAUUGUUCGGUCCCUGCUCCUGCCAACCUAGCAGUUUGAAAGCACGUCAAAGUGCAAGUAGAUAAAUAGGUACCGCUCCGGCGGGAAGGAAAACGGCGUUUCCGUGCACUGCUCUGGUUCACCAGAAGCGGCUUAGUCAUGCUGGCCACAUGACCCGGAAGCUGUACGCCAGCUCCCUCGGCCAAUAAAGCGAGAUGAGCGCCGCAACCCGAGUCGUCCGCGACUGGACCUAAUGGUUAGGGGUCCCUUUAACCUUUGUGUGUGUGUGUGUGUGUGUGUGUGUGUGUGUGUGUGUGUGUGUGUGCUGCUCAUCUGACUGGGUUUCUCCAGCUACUCUGGGCGGCUUCCAGCAAUCAAAUUAACCCCUCAAACACAGUCAUCUUGCCCUUUGCCUCGGGCGGCAAAAAGUCUUCGGUCGGCCUUGGCUUACAUCUGUUUGAGUGGGCUGGCAUCCCGGGAGCCGCCUCUUGGGUGCUCGGGUGCCCAUCCCGUUGUUCCGUCUUCCAGCUGGCUGCCGCAGUCCAGAGUCCAACCGGUGGGGCGUUGCCUCCAUUUAUGAGGCUCAUCUGUGCCCCCUUCCUCAGUCUCUGGACCCAGCCCAUCCUUCGCCUCUCCCAGUUGGUUUCUGCAAAGACCUGCCACUUCACCCAGUCUCACCCACCCUCCCUUUCCACAAGCAAGGCUCCGGGAAUGUUUGCUGUCAAUUCAUUCCCACUGCCCAGCCCAGCCACAGCAAACAGCGCACCCGCCUGUUAAUGACCAUUAUUGGUUUCCCAGGGACAACAGUCUUGGGGGUUUAUUGUAGCUGCUUCCUCCCAGGGUGUUCUUGCCAGCUCCCGAUGCAGCCCGCUCCACAGGGAGGGCGUUUCAAAGAUUUGCUAGCCAAGAUAAAGAAAGGAGACAGGGGCAGAGGUCUCGGGUGAGGAGAAUGUCAACAGCUGGGCUUGAAGCCAGAGCCCGAGUCGGGAAGGUACGAUGCCGUCAAAUUUCCUCAAAGCGCCCUGAUGCCACCUUUGUGCCACUUUAAAGAGCUGUGGCUCCCAUAUAUAUAUCUAUAUAUAUAUAUAUCUAUAUAUAUCUAUAUCUAUAUCUAUAUAUCUAUCUAUCUCCUGGGGGCUAUAGUUUGAUGAUUAGUUAAGAGACUCCCCUCACAAAACUACAAUUCCCAGACUUCCCUGGGAAGAGGGAUUGGCUGUUAAGUCACUCUGGGAACUGUAGUUGCGUGAGAGGAAUAAGGAAUCCCCUAAUUAUUCUCAGCACCCAUAACAAACUACAGUUCCCAGAAUUCCCCCCCAUUUUUAAAUUCAUUUUAUAACACAACUAAACAGCACAAACAGAAAAACAAACAAAUUCUUGUCUUAUCCUUUUUUUUCCUAAACAUCGUUAGGUGAGCUUUCCCAAGUCCCCCCAUCUGAUUUUCAUUUUACCUCAACUUUAGCAGUUUACAUAUAUCAUAAUUUCUAGCCGUUUUUUAAAUCACGCUUACUUUUACCAUAGAAAUCUUUACAUUUUAUCACAAAUAACCCUAUUUUAAAAUACACUAUCUUCUACUUCUAACCCUACAGCCUCCAUCCACUUCCAGAGCUAUUCUAAGAUUUAAAUAUUAACAUAUUUUUUCAGAUAUUCUUUUUUUUUUAAUGAUAUUUAUUAGAUUUUCAGAAAAAAAAGAAUUACACAAAAACAAGAAAAGUAAAAACAAAGAACAGAAGUAAAAAUACAGGAAAAAUACAAAAUACAGAAUAAAAAAAUAAAAAACACUUAACAAGAAAAAAAAGAAAAAUAGAUCAAUUUUUCUAUACCUUAUAUUCAUAUCCUUGUUUCCCUGACCUCCUCAUACCUCCCUUUUUUGUAUUCCAGUUCAAUUAGUUAAUUCAGCAAUUUCUUUCCCUCUUUAUUUUCUCAUGAUCCUAUAACUUAAUAUACUAUGACUUAAAAUUUUCACCUGUUAUCAAUCCUUUUUUACAUACACCUUUAUAGCAUUCCUGCUUAAACCACCUAACUUCAUUCGAACAUCAUUCUAACAUUCAUUAAUUUUGCAGUAUUUCUGUAAAUAGUCCUUAAAUUUCUUCCAAUCUUCUUCCACCGACUCUUCUCCCUGGUCUCGGAUUCUGCCAGUCAUUUCCGCCAAUUCCAUGUAGUCCAUCACCUUCAUCUGCCAUUCUUCCAUAGUGGGUAGAUCUUGUGUCUUCCAAUACUUUGCAAUAAGUAUUCUUGCUGCUGUUGUGGCAUACAUAAAGAAAGUUCUAUCCUUCUUUAACACCAGUUGGCCGACUAUGCCCAGGAGAAAGGCCUCUGGUUUCUUCAAGAAGGUAUAUUUAAAUACCUUUUUCAAUUCAUUAUAUAUCAUCUCCCAGAAAGCCUUAAUCCUUGGGCGUGAAAGAAUGUACCUUCAGUUUCUUUACAUUUCCAACAUUUGUUAUCGGGCAAAUGGUAGAUUUUUGCAAGCUUGACUGGGGUCAUGUACCACCUGUAUAUCAUUUUCAUAAUAUUCUCUAUUAAGGCAUUACAUGCCGUAAACUUCAUACCUGUGGUCCAUAACUGUUCCCAGUCAGCCAUCAUUAUGUUAUGUCCAACAUCUUGCGCCCAUUUAAUCAUAGCAGAUAUUCUUUAAACGUCUUCCAAUCUUCUUCCACCAUCUCUUCUCUCUGGUCUCAGAGUCUCCCAGUCAGUUCGGCAAGUUCCAUAUAGUCUUAUAUAAUUCGGGGGGGGGGGGAGCCAUAUCAGUUUGAAGUGGCAUCGUAGAGCUUUAAAUGUUUUGGGUAACCCCAGCAAACAGAUUCACUGCCGGCACUCAGGUGGCAAACCCCAAGCAUUUUUGGGGGGGAGGUCACGGGUGGCACAGAGCCUAGGACUUGCCGAUCAGAAGGUCAGUGGUUCGAAUCCCCCCGAUGGGGUGAGCUCCCGUUGCUUGGUCCCUGCUUCUGCCAACCUAGCAGUUCGAAAGCACGUCAAAAGUGCAAGUAGAUAAAUAGGUACCGCUCUGGCGGGAAGGUAAACGGCAUUUCUGUGCGCUGCUCUGGUUUGCCAGAAGCGGCUUAAUCAUGCUGGCCAAAUGACCCUGAAGCUGUACGCCGGCUCCCUCGGCCAAUAAAGUGAGAUGAGCGCCGCAACCCCAGAGUCGGUCACCACUGGACCUAAGGGUCAGGGGUCCCUUUACCUUACUGUCCGCCUGUGGAUCUGUCCCCCUGCUCACAUACCUUUGAAACUUUCCCUGCUGGGGUGAUCACCCCAGUUUCACUCCUGCUUUGCAUUUGUUUCAUUCAAGCUGCUUCCGAGGUAUUAUUCAGUGGCGAGAGGUGAACUCUGCACAUGGACAGAACCCGACCUUCCAACAUCUUGAGUCCACAUCUUGUGACGCACAUCUUCCUGCCCGUGCUCCUACACAAGUCACAGAGACCCAAAGAUGUGCUUUUUGGGUGGAUGUUUGCACUGCCCCCAAAAAUGCGUGUUUUAGGGCAUUGCGUGAGAUCACAGCCCAGAAAAUGUGCUUUUUUUAAAGGGUGAGAUCUCGGCGUGGAAUUGCACAAGAUCUCGACACCCCAAAUGACUGCUGUGCUCUCAUGAGAGAAAACAGGGUGUCCCGUUUUUUCCUGGACGCUUGGGGGAAAUGUAGGAUGUGACGAGUUUGGGGGCUAAAAUUACCCAAGCUCUAAAACACCCAUGCCUGCCCUGGCACCUUUCUGACGUCCGAAACUGCCCUUGUGGGAAUUUUAUGAAGUGCCCUAACUCUCUGAGCGCCUGUGUCCCACUCACACGACCACAAACUUUUGAGGAUAACUAGUAUUGCGUAUUCUUCAGAGCUGAUUGGCUCUUAGCAAAGAGACACCGGCCAACAGCUCUCGUUCUUCUUGCCCCGAAUCCAGUAGAUCUCCUCUGCAGCUAGGUGAACCGUUUCCCCAGCCCCCUGCAAAAUUAAUUCCAGGUGAGCUGCUGCUAUACAGAUGUUUCACGGGUGAAACUGUUUUCCUGGCACGGAGGAAAGCAAAAUGGGACGCUUGGCCUGUGAGAUUUCUGCCUGUCGGGCUGUUAAAAGCAUCAGAGCAGCCCAGGCGGGUUGACAAAUCUCUCUCGGCAGCACUAAACCCUGUUGAGCACCUAUUUCCUUGCUGCAACCACUAGGUAAUCCAAAAUAGAAGAAAACCCCCCAAAUUUUCCAUUGCGGAACAGGCAACGAGGUUCCCCCUCCCCGACUGUGUCCUUGGAGAAUAAGACAGGUGAGCUCCUCACCUGUUGAGAUGGGUGGGUCCUGGCCAGACCUCCUGGCUGCUCCACCCCUUUGGAGCCAGGUGCUAUAAAAGUAUUCCGGGUGGCUCUGGGAGGUUUUCCUGCAGCCGGUCUUGAUCCACAUCCGAGCAGAAGUCAGACUGCGGCACCAUGGCUUUCGUCCCAGCACCCGGUUACAUGCCCACCUACAACCCGGUAAGCGUUCAACCUCCAUCUCUCCCUGCGCAAUCUGUGCUCUUGUAUUCUCUGCAAGAAAAGAAUAAAAUUUGCCGUCACUUAACCUGAGUCUUCCGUUCCCUUUCCCCCCCCCCCCAAAGACCUGCUCUGGGAUUUUAAAAAUUGCAGUUGUUCUGUUUAACUUAUAGCUCAUUCGCUCUUACCCAGUCAAAUGGGCAGGGUGCAAAUUAAUAAUAAUAAUAAUAGUAGUAGUAGUAAUAAUAAUAAUAAUAAUAAUAAUAAUAAUAAUAAUAAUAGCCACCUUUUGCCCUGCUCUAUCCAGGCACAGGUUCAUGCUUUUAUAGCUCUGUGUUUGAGCUCUCUCUCUCUCUCUUUUGGCCCAGAACUCGCCCCCAACCCACCCCCCCGCUCUUUAAAGUUGAAGAGCCACGAAUGAUAAUUCGUGUCUUCUGCGAAUUGCAGUUGGCUCCAAUUCACGUUUAAAGAGCAGGUUAUCGUGGGGAAAACUCCAGAGCAAAAGUGAGAGAGCCCUUGGACGCAGAACUUUAAAGCCUAGAGGAAAGAGUGGAUCAGCCCUUGUUUAUUUAUUUAAAUCAAACAGAAGCAUUUGGCAGAGCGGCCUCUAUGGCGCCUUUAAAUUUCACUUCAAUUUGUAUCACAAACAGGUUUUCCUACCUGAAGUUACUGUAGAUUUGUAUUCAUAAGCAACCUUGCCCGACUCACACACAUUCUCUCUCUGGAGAAGAAUUUGCUACCGUUUUAUCCAAGAGUUCUGUGAGUUUCUGAAGCUUGCGCUGCCUGGAGUUCGGUUCAAGCAAUCCGUCGGAGAACAAGCCCCUCCAAAUCUCCCCAUUCCCCCAGUCUAAGAACUGCCAGGGCACCAUGAACGAAAGCGUGAGCAGUUCCUUUAGAAAGCACUCGCCGCAACUGGUGCCUGGGAUUUUAGGCCAUUGAACUGUCCUAGCAAAUGGCUUUGACACCGGUGACCUGCUGUCUAUUUUAUCAAGGGCGUCGGAAGUCACGGCAAUUGUGACACAGAACGCACUCCACAGACGUACCUGCAUGUCCUCCCCACUCACCUGAUUGUACUUUUAUUAAAAUUAGUAAAGGUAAAGGGACCCCUGACCGUUAGGUCCAGUCGCUGACGACUCUGGGGUUGCGGCGCUCAUCUCGCUUUAUUGGCCAAGGGAGCUGGCGUACAGCUUCCAGGUCAUGUGGCCAGCAUGACUAAGCCGCGAACCAGAGCAGCGCACGGAAACGCCAUCUACCUUCCCGCCGGAGCGGUACCUAUUUAUCUACUUGCACUUUGAUGUGCUUUUGAACUGCUAGGUUGGCAGGAGCAGGGACCGAGCAACGGGAGCUCACCCCGUCGCGGGGAUUCGAACCGCCGACCUUCUGAUCGGCAAGUCCUAGGCUCUGUGGUUUAACCCACAGCGCCACCCGCAUCCACACAAUAUAAAUAAUGCCAGGCCUCAAUAUAGUUUAAACUCAAUAUAGUUUAAAAACGGCACAAGUCAAAUGCAAAACGCUGGGUAAUGCCCCUCUAGAAAUCCUUCGGUUGCCACCGCUUCCACUCUUUCUGAGUUCCUGCUCCUCUGCCUAUCUCCGCUCCUUGCUUGCUUGCUCACUUAUGGUAGGGGGCAGGUGAGCAGAUGGUAAGAACCAGGGGAAAGAGAAACAGGACAAGGACUGACCCCCCCCCCAAAGGAGUUCAAAGUCAGGAAGCCAACUUUGGCGCAGACCUCGGGAUGUGCCAGUAAGGUUGACUCCUGACUCUGACGUGGGCAGCAUCCCAGACUAUGUCCCAGAAUCUUUUGCAAUGCACAGAGAUUUCCCCCAGGAGACAAGCUGAUUUGUCAAGGAGAGGAAGAAAAGUCCUAAAAACCGGUCAAUUUACUCAAUGCAGCAAACUGAGCAUUUUUCAAGGUCCUAAACGCGUUUCCGUGCGCUGCUCUGGUUUCGCCAGAAGCGGCUUAGUCAUGCUGGCCACAUGACCUGGAAAAACUGUCUGUGGACAAAUGUCGGCUCCCUUGGCCAGUAAAGCGAGAUGAACGCCACAACCCCAGAGUCGUUCGCGACUGGACUUAUCUGUCAGGGGUCCUUUACCUUUUUAACAUAAUAAUAAUAAUACAGUGGUACCUUUAGAUGCGAACAGGAUCCGUUCCGGAGCCCCAUUCGCAUCCUGAGUAGAACGUAACAUGCGUCUGCGCAUGCGCAGGUCACGUUUCGCCGCUUCCGCGCAUGCGCGUGAUGUCAUUUUGAGUGUCUGCGCAUGCGUGGGUGACGAAACCUGGAAAUAACACGUUCCGUUAGUUCCGGGUCACGGUGGAGCAUAACCUGGAAAUGCUCAACCAGAAGCAUAUUUAACCCGAGGUAUGACUGUAAUAAUAAUUUAUUAUUUAUACCCCACCCAUUAUUUACACCCCACUCUGGGCAGCUUCCAACAAAAUAUUAAAAUACAAUAGUCCUUCAGAUAUUAAAAGCUUCCCUAAACAGGGCUGCCUUCAGAGGUCUUCUAAAAGUCUGCUAGUUGUUUUUUCCUUUGACAUCUGGUGGGAGGGCGUUCCACAGGGCGGGUGCCACUACCAAGAAGGCCCUCUGCCUGGUUCGCUCCAGUGCUGCUUUUCCUGAUGGAGACUUUGCCAGGUAUAUAAUGCACCUGUUCCAAUUUCCCUUUUAGCCAGGAAUUUGAAGCGUUUGGUCAAUUUUGUUUAAUCAAUGUGUUCUUCCUACACUAGCAUAGUGUUUGAGCCCGGCUCCCUAAUGCACGGCUAGGAGGGCCAUUGGGUUAACACAACAAGACCUAUGCCUUCCUUCAUAUGGGGGUGGGGAGGGCGCUUCAAUCAAUGAUGCCCAUCCUGGAUCCUGAUCUCGCCAGUCCGACCCAGCUGGUGGAAAUGUUCCCCUUCCUUGGUUUUUUAGUUUUAGUUCCGUGCGUGCAAAGAUCUGAUAAGGGUACGUGGCCAUCCGGCCAUCCACCCGACCUCUUCCUCAACGCACCUUUCCCAAGUUCAGAUCCUGUGGAUAAAAGCAGAACUCAUUUGCGGCUUGGACCUCAGCCAGCCUGCUCCACCCUAAGCGAGUCCGUUUCAUAGCUGGAUGGCUUAAUAAUUAACACGCCGCUUUCUGCAGGUUCCCAACCGAUCUUGCAAAGCAAAGGAUGAGCUGGCAGCUCGGGCCGUUCCAAGUUCUCGGUUUUCCCGUCUUAAGUAUAAUCCUCCACAAUUUCCGAAACUGUUCUGCAUUUAAAAAUAAAGAAAAUACCGGGGAAACGCUCAGGGCUUUUAGUGCAGGGUUCCCCAGAUAGGUACAUUUUGUCCUGAUAAAUGGUCAGAGGCCUGGAAACGAUGCCUUAUGAGGAACGGCUAAGGGAGCUGGGCAUGUUUAGCCUGGAGAAGAGGAGGUUAAGGGGUGAUAUGAUAGCCAUGUUCAAAUAUAUCAAAGGAUGUCACAUAGAGGAGGGAGAAAGGUUGUUUUCUGCUGCUCCAGAGAAGCGGACACGGAGCAAUGGAUCCAAACUACAAGAAAGAAGAUUCCACCUAAACAUUAGGAAGAACUUCCUGACAGUAAGAGCUGUUCGACAGUGGAAUUUGCUGCCAAGGAGUGUGGUGGAGUCUCCUUCUUUGGAGGUCUUUAAGCAGAGGCUUGACAACCAUAUGUCAGGAGUGCUCUGAUGGUGUUUCCUGCUUGGCAGGGGGUUGGACUCGAUGGCCCUUGUGGUCUCUUCCAACUCUAUGAUUCUAUGAUUCUAUGAGACAAUUGUCUACAUAAGAACAGUAGAAGAGCCAGUGGCCCAAUUCGCCCAGCACCCAUCCAGAUCCCUGUGGGAAACCCGCAAGCAGGAUUCGAACGCAGGAGCCCUCUCUCCUGUGGUUUCCAGAAACAGGCAUUUAGAAGAAUUACGGCCUCUUGACAGUGGAGGCAGAGAAUAGCCACCAAAUACAUUUUUUGAAGGCUGGUUCAGGUGCAUGAAAGGGAUGCGGGUGGCGCUGUGGGUUAAACCACAGAGGCUAGGACUUGCUGAUCAGAAGGUUGGUGGUUCGAAUCCCCGCGAUGGGGUGAGCUCCCGUUGCUCGGUCCCUGCUCCUGCCAACCAAGCAGUUCGAAAGCACAAAGUGCAAGUAGAUAAAUAGGUACUGAUCCGGCGGGAAGGUAAACGGCGUUUCCGUGCGCUGCUCUGGGUCGCCAGAAGCGGCUUAGUCAUGCUGGCCACAUGACCCGGAAGCUGUACGCCGGCUCCCUCGGCCAAUAAAGCAAGAUGAGCACCGCAACCCCAGAGUCGUCCACGACUGGACCUAAUGGUCAGGGGUCCCUUUACCUUUACCUCAGAUGCAUGAACUUGGAUCUCGGUAUAUUGUAGGGUUACCAGACGUCCCCGUUUUCCGGGGACAGUCCCCGGAUUUGCAAAUCUGUCCCCAGACAAAUUCCAUCCCCGGAAUGUCCCCGGAUUUCAUUAAACGUCCCCGGGAAACAUGACACCCUGCUCUCCUGGAGUAAUACGCAGAUGGAGGGGUAGGAAGAGAAGAGAUCGCAGGUGGGUGGCCGUUGCCCAGGCAAGACGAGCAGUUUCUCUGCUGGGCAAGGUGCAAAGCUCCUCUUUCGCACCCUGUGAAACUCUCAAAACAAAGGAGGAAGGGGGCAGGAGAUUGGGGGAGGCUCGAGAGUCAGGGGCGGGUGGCACGCAGUUGUCCAGGAGGGGCGCAAGGGGCACGGUUUCUCUGCUGGGCAAGGUGCAGAGGGGUGAAAUGACUUCAAUCCCCAACUGGAGUAGCGGCAGAGCUGGCGAGGAGCCGGGCAGCUGAGUGUGAGAGAGUGUGAACGAGAGCGUGUCCCUGAUGGCCGAGAAUACAGAAGUCAAACUAGAACAGGGAAGCCUUAUGUUCUUUUAAGUUGAGGCUGCUUAAAUUGGAGUGCCGUAUUUUUCGCUCUAUAGGACGCACCGGACCUUAGGAGGGGGAGAACAGGGGAAAAAAAUCUCCUCCUCUCUGCUCAGCGCCCUUUCAGCGAAGUGGCAGGAGAAACGGAGCCCCUUCCAUUUUUCCUCCCGCUUAGCUGAAGGGGCGCUGCGCAGAGAGGGAAAACUGUGCAGCGCCUCUCCAGUGAAGCGAAGCCUGGAGAGCAAGAGGGAUCGGUGUGCACUGACCCCUCUCACGCUCCAGACUUCAAGCGGCUAUCUGCAAGCGAGAACUCCUGCUGCACUCCGAAGGCUUGCGGAUAGCCGCCUGAAGCCCCCGCAGUGCAGUGCGAACUGCCGCUGCACUCUGGGGGUUUCAGGCAGCCUUGCCUCCACUCCCAGAGCUUGCGGGGCUGGGGGCGGGGGAAGCCUGAGCUUCCCCUGAACCCAGCCCCCAGAACAGGUCGGGGAGCGGCAGUCCCUUCUCCCUCCUGGGGAAAAGCCUGCAAGAGCCGCGCGAAGCUUGUGUGAGGCUCUUGGGGGCUUUUCCUGCCUGCCUCCCCCCCUGCAUUCGCUCCAUAGGACGCACAGACUUUUCCCCUUAGUUUUUAAGAGGGAAAAAGUGCGUCCUAUGGAGUGAAAAAUACAGUAGCUCCAUUGCAGGGGGUUGGCCUAGAUGCCCCUCAGAGAUCCUUUCCAAAUCUGUGAUUCUGUGAUCAUCCCACUGUCAUAUUCUCAAACUUUGCUUCCAACUCCACUCCCCCCAGGUUUCUCUCCUCCUCCGGACUUCUCAAGACAGCAAAACAGCUGAUGUAUAGAUGUAAUUAGGGAUAGUAAAGCAUGUUGUCGUUUAGUUGUGUCCGACUCUUCGUGACCCCCUGGACCAGAGCAUGCCAGGCACUCCUGUCUUCCACUGCCUCCCGCAGUUUGGUCAAACUCAUGCUGGUAGCUUCGAGAACACUGUCCAACCACCUCGUCCUCUGUCGUCCCCUUCUCCUUGUGCCCUCCAUCUUUCCCAACAUCAGGGUCUUUUCCAGGGAGUCUUCUCUUCUCAUGAGGUGGCCAAAGUAUUGGAGCCUCAGCUUCACGAUCUAUCCUUCCAGUGAGCACUCAGGGCUGAUUUCCUUCAGAAUGGAGAGGUUUGAUCUUCUUGC